UCAGUUAUCAUCAUGCCCCCUAAAACGAGCGGUAAAGCUGUGAAAAAGUCGGGCAAGGCCCAGAAGAACAUCACCAAGUCCGAUAAAAAAGGACGCAAGAAGAAGCGUAAGGAAAGUUACGCCAUCUACAUCUACAAAGUGUUGAAACAAGUUCAUCCUGACACUGGAGUUUCCAGUAAAGCCAUGAGCAUCAUGAACAGCUUUGUCAACGACAUCUUUGAACGUAUCGCAGCUGAGGCGUCCAGACUUGCGCACUACAAUAAACGUUCGACCAUCACCUCCCGGGAAAUUCAAACUGCAGUGCGACUGUUAUUACCCGGUGAAUUGGCUAAGCACGCCGUCAGUGAAGGAACCAAGGCCGUCACCAAAUACACCAGCUCUAAAUAAACUUCCUAAUCCCUCAAUAAACCAAACGGCCCUUUUCAGGGCCACCAAAUUUUUUAAAACGUACAAAUGCUUCUCAAUUUCGCUGUAUCCUAGUUGAAAUAUUUAUAAUUACUUGAUAUAUAAUAGAUCAACAAUUUACGUGAAGGACUUGGAGUUUGCACUAUAUUUUACACCAGGAUCGUUCUGGCUUAGAUGCUAAAAAAGGCUAUUUUUGUAAACUUUCCAAAAAAUUAAUUAUGGGAGAUAUUGAUAUAAAAUUCGUUCAACUUAUUAAAUGUACUCUCGAAAUACAUAACAUAAUUUUAGAAGUGAUACUUCAGACACAGUAGGAAAAAAUUUAAGUGGUACAUUUGAUGUCAAAUGUAAGGUAGGUAUGUAUUUGUGUGUAUGUAUAAGCAUGCAUCAAUGUCUGUCUGGAUCUAAUAGUUAAAUGAGUAAAUAUAUUCAAGUAUUUAUAUUCACGGUCGAAUAGGUAACUCGGAGCCUCAAAAUCU